UCCUUCUACUGAUGAAGAUUGAUUUGAAUUGUUAUCCUGUCUACCAAACUAUCUAUGGUCUAUGCUGAAACUGUAAAGCCUUUAAGCUUGAUGGACCAUUCUCCACAUUUUAAUCUAUGCCAUUGGUGGACACAGUGAACAGAAUCUGGACAGACCACAACUGGGAGACUGCACUUACUACCUCUUGCCAAUUGCAGAACAAUCUAUUAAAAAGUAAUUUCUAGGUGACUCUACUCUGGCUGGAAGCAGCAGCUUUUGUGCAGCUGGCAGUGGGGAGAGUUUAGAAAGGCAGGCAGUUCCUGGAGCCCACUCCAUAGUCCUAGAUGUGAAUCAAUCCCAUGAUGCAACAUGUCUCCCCAGCGCCAUCUCUGACAAUGAUGGCCACACAGACUGUACCCCCUCCCCCUUAUCAAGAGCCCCAACAGAUGACAGCCACAGCACAGCAGCCGGCGAAAGCACAGCCAGUGCAUGUCACCACACCCUCGGCAGCAGCCAAUGCUCCACUGCCCAGCACCCCCAUCGACCCUCAGGCACAGCUGGAGGCUGACAAGAGGGCUGUCUACAGGCAUCCUCUUUUCCCCCUCCUGACACUGCUAUUUGAGAAAUGCGAGCAGGCAACACAGGGCUCGGAAUGCAUCACUUCUGCCAGCUUUGAUGUUGACAUUGAGAACUUCGUACACCAGCAAGAACAGGAGCACAAACCAUUCUUCAGUGAUGAUCCUGAGCUGGACAACUUGAUGGUGAAAGCCAUUCAGGUCCUGCGAAUUCACCUCUUGGAGCUGGAGAAAGUGAAUGAAUUGUGCAAAGACUUUUGUAAUCGUUACAUCACCUGCCUCAAAACUAAGAUGCACAGCGACAACCUUCUCAGGAAUGACCUUGGGGGGCCUUACUCCCCGAAUCAGUCCUCCAUUAACCUACACACACAGGAUAUGUUGCAAAACUCUCCCAACUCCAUGACAGCCGUACCUGGCAACCCCCAAGGAAUUGUGGUACCUGCCUCAGCACUGCAGCAGGGGAAUAUCUCCAUGGCAACAGUCAACUCACAAGUUGUGUCAGGUGGAGCCCUUUACCAGCCUGUAACUAUGGUAACGUCUCAGGGCCAGGUGGUAACCCAAGCAAUUCCUCAAGGGGCCAUUCAGAUCCAGAAUGCACAGGUUAACCUGGACCUGACCUCUCUUCUUGACAGUGAAGAUAAAAAGUCAAAGAACAAACGAGGAGUCCUCCCAAAACACGCUACGAAUAUUAUGCGCUCCUGGCUUUUUCAGCAUCUUAUGCACCCAUAUCCAACAGAGGAUGAGAAGAGACAAAUAGCAGCACAGACAAAUCUCACGCUGUUGCAAGUCAACAACUGGUUUAUCAAUGCCCGGCGACGUAUCUUGCAACCUAUGCUUGAUGCAAGCAAUCCAGAUCCAGCCCCCAAAGCCAAGAAAAUCAAAUCCCAGCACCGGCCAACACAGAGAUUCUGGCCCAACUCCAUUGCAGCUGGGGUUCUGCAGCAACAAGGAGGCAACCCCGGGACUAAUCCUGAUGGCUCCAUCAAUAUGGACAACCUCCAAACCCUCUCCUCCGAUAACGCCACUAUUGCUAUGCAGCAAGCCAUGAUGGCGGGUCAUGAUGACUCACUAGAUGGGACAGAAGAUGAGGAGGAAGAUGAAAUAGAAGAGGAGGAGGAGGAGGAGGAGGAAGAGGAGGAGGAACUGGAAGAGGAUGCUGAGGAGCUCCAGACAACUAAUGUUAGCGACCUUGGCUUGGAGCACAGUGACUCACUUGAAUAGAGGUUUAUAGCCAAUGGUGGAACAGUCACCGACUGGAAAACCGUUGAACCUGCUUGCAAAACUCAUUGGCCUGAAUUGUAGAGAGCGCUUGAACUUUUGAUGAACAAGCCCCACAUCCCUUUAACAAUAUAAUUCAGAUUCAACAACAGUACCCUUUUCAGAUGUCCUGCUUGACCUGCUUUCAGUUGCAGGAAUGGACGUGGAAGCACACUGAAAGUCCUGUCAAGUGUGCAAGCUGGUUAUUUAAGUGAAGGACAUACGUUUACAAGGCACAUAUUGUGGCUAGUUUCUUCCCCACUCUCUCCCGCCUUUGUUUUUGAUAACAACCACAACAAAAGUGUUUUUAGAGUAAGCUGUUUUCUGUAUGACUGAAUGUUUUAUGGAUGUUCUAAUGCAAUGCCUUUUUUGUGACACGCAGUUCAGAGGCACGCCUGUUUUCAUUUUAAUGGCUUUUAUGAGAGAUUUAUAGAUGCAGAAGAAGAAGAGGAGAUGGAUGGUUUUUACAGAAAAAGAAAAACUAGAAGGGAAUGGGUUAUAAAAAUGUAGGUGGAGAAAAACCAAACAUUUGCAAAUUGGCAAAAAUUCAACAAAGGAGCACUGAGAGUUUAAUGCCCUUUGCAGGUGGAUGUCUUGUGGGUUUUCAGAUAUGUCUUCAGGACUCAGGUGAAACCCCAAACCAUACAAAAAGGGUCUGUGCUUUGCAAUUCUUGUGACAAAUAGGUAAUGCCCUGUGAUCUGAACCUUUUUGGAGGAGAAUCAUUUUUGCCUUCUGAAUGGAACGUUGCAACACUUUAAUGUCCCAGGCUGAUCCCUUGGUAUAGCAUGUGGUGUUAGCUAACCAGAAAGAAUGCCCCUGAGUAUUUUAAUUGUUUAGAGGCUCAUCAAUACAGAAGUCAUAAUUAGGGCUUUAUGCAUUGGUUGAAUACAAGCAGGUUCAGAUUUCUGAUAUUUGCAGGCUCAUUUGCAAAGCAGGAAGGGAUCAGUGGCAUAAAGAAUUCUUGUAUUUUCAGACAAGGUGGAACAUUUUGGAGGUAAGCAGAACAGCUAUCCAGCUGGGGUGCAGGAAAUCAUAUUUUCACAAUCUCAUUUCCCAAGAACUCCUCUCUUCCCUUUAUGUUGCUCUCCAGCCUACAAACUCUCAAAUUAAAAAAACAUACAAAAUCAACAUUCAGCUGGACAUAUUACAGCCCUUUAGGAAUGGGAUUUGUAAUAAUGUUCCCCACUAGCCAUCACUGCUAGUCUAGAUCAUAGGUUAAGCCUACAAGCAGAGGUUGAUUUAGAUCUCCACGUGGGCAUUGUCACAGUACAGUGAGUUAAUUGCCUACAGCAGUGCAUGAAAAGUAGAUAUGGGCUCCCCAACAUUUUUCAUGUGAGCCAUUUGGAAUUGUGAAAUUAUGGAAGGGGCACACUUGCAGAAAAGCUACUGGUGAGCAAGUUCCCCGUAGACAGAGUGUCAGAAGAACUCUGAGACAGAAGGGACAUAACCUUUGGCAAAACACUGAUUUACCAGCAUGCUCUCUGCCACCCCCACCCCAAGGGAGAUGGUGUCUACAAUCCCCAUUUGCCUUUAUCUUUGGAAGGUGGGCAUCCUUCCAAACAAGACACUGAGUGGCAACUGCCCCUCCCGUGCUUAGAAAGCUAAGGGGUCCACAAGCAUUCUUAGAAAUAAAAAUGGGGCUGGCUGGUGGCCGGCACUUCAUUUUGCAUCAUGCCAGUUCCUCGUUUUUUUUUU